AUGGAGCCGUCGUCGGCGUGCAUCAAGGGAUGCGCGCUGUUCGGAUCGGCGGAGAAAGGCCACCUCUGCCCUAACUGCGACCAGCAAACCAAGAAACGAGAUCUCGACGAUGACGAGCCAGCGACGGCGGCGGAAUCCACGAUCGAGAAGCCAGUCGGCACGAAGCGUCCCUUCUAUUUCCCUCGCGACGCGAAGGUCGUUCCCUUCUCCGGAUUCGACCGCAGGGAGACCACCGCCACAACCGGCGCCGCCGCCGGUACUGAGAACAACUCGUUCUUUAGCGGUAAAUCGUUCCGAACCACCUCGUCUUCUUCGUCAUCAGGUUCUAGCUUUUUCUCUAGCGUAGAUAGCGGCUUCUUCCCCACCCGCGGCCGUUCUUUUGAUCCGUCCACUUUCACGUUUGGAUUCGGUUCCGCCACCGAUACUACCUCCAAGACGGUAAAGAAGGAAGAUAAGAACUGCGGUAGUUGCAGAAGGCGGGUAGGAUUGCUGGGAUUCAAGUGCCGGUGCAAGAAACUGUUCUGUAGUAAGCACCGGUACCCUGAGGAGCAUCGCUGCUCCUUCGACUACAAGGGUUUCGGGCGCCGGAUUCUUGAGCAGCAGAAUCCUGCCGUCGAUUCCGAUAAGCUGGAGAAUCGGGUCUAG